AUGAUAAUCAAUUAUAAAAAGGAAGAAAUAGGCGUGAAUGUAAGCUUAGAAGUCAAUAUUAAUAAUGAUCACAGUAUUUUAAAACUUCACGAUCCUCAAUUUCUCACUGGGAGCAAAGUUGAAGACUUAUUAAGUGAUAUCGACCCUUUAAAUAACGACAAUGGGUAG